CUGCCUGUGGAACGAGUGCCGGGCGCGCUGUUUUUGAUUCGCGGGCACGACUCGAUGGAAACGCAUAUGCGAUAGAGAUUGCAGACAUCGCCAGGUGUACUGAGUUAGAUGGUGUCGAGCACGUCGCAGCGGUGCUUCGAUACUACGCGAAGAAUAUGGACGUAACGCUUCAUGGCUCCGAAGAAGCCCGAGGAACCCGAGCGAAAGCCACUUAUCGGUCGCGUUGGUACUAAUUUAAAAAUGGGCAUAGUCGGGAUUCCGAAUGUAGGAAAAUCGACUUUCUUCAACGUUCUCACCAAGAGCCAAGCAGCGGCCGAGAAUUUCCCCUUCUGCACCAUCGAUCCCAAUGAAAGUCGCGUUCCGGUGCCUGACGCGAGAUACGACUACCUCUGCGAAUAUUUUAAACCGGCUAGUAAAGUUCCAGCCUUCUUGCACGUAAUGGAUAUUGCUGGACUGGUGAAAGGUGCCUCCGAGGGACAAGGUUUAGGAAACAGUUUUCUCUCACACAUCGGAGCUUGCGAUGGCAUUUUUCAUCUCUGUCGUGCCUUCGAGGACGACGAUGUGACCCACGUGGAGGGUGACGUCAACCCCGUAAGAGACCUUGAUAUCAUUAGCGAAGAGUUACGACUGAAGGACGUGGAAUUCUUGAACGUCCACCUCGAGAAACUCGAGAAGCUUGUGAUACGCGGUAAUGAUAAGAAGCUGAAACCUGAAUACGAUACGCUUCUAAAAGUAAAGGGUGUCUUGACGGACGAGAAAAAACACAUCAGGUUCGCCGAUUGGAGUGCCAAUGAUAUCGAGGUGUUGAACAAGUAUCUGUUUCUUACGUCAAAGCCGAUCAUCUAUUUGGUAAACCUGUCGGAAAAGGAUUAUAUACGCAAGAAGAACAAAUGGUUAAUCAAGAUAAAAGAAUGGGUCGACAAGAACGAUCCGGGCGCGGUGUUAAUUCCUUUCAGCGGCGUCUGCGAAAACAAGAUUCUCGAUAUGGACGAGGCGGAGCGCGCAAAAUACUUCGAGGAACACAAAGUCACCAGUGCACUCGAUAAAAUCAUUGUACAAGGAUACAAGGCGUUACAGCUGCAAUAUUUUUUCACGUCUGGUCACGAUGAAGUCAAGGCGUGGACAAUUCAGAAAGGUACAAAAGCGCCUCAAGCUGCGGGAAAAAUACAUACAGAUUUUGAAAAAGGAUUUAUCAUGGCAGAAGUGAUGAAAUUCGAAGAUUUCAAGAACGAGGGCUCGGAAGCAGCAGUAAAAGCCGCCGGAAAGUACAGACAGCAAGGACGUAAUUAUGUAGUCGAGGAUGGCGAUAUUAUUUUCUUCAAAUUCAACGCAGGCGCUGGAUUAAAAGACGCGAAGAAGAAGUGAUGGCACGCGUUUCUCAUGUUGUUGCUGGUCCAUCUGUACAUCAACAUGAUUCUGUUAUCCUGUUGCAUGCAUCAUCCUCGCGUUAAUCAAUCCAACUCGCUUCCCGAUCCUCCCUGACUUUUUCAUUCACGAUAAGCAUGUAUACACGCUAAUGUGAUGAUCGAUAAUGAUAAUUAUUUUUAUAUUUUG